CUUCUCUCUGUUUCCACAACCUCACUGGCCGAAUACGUAUGUACAGACAAAGACACAAGAGCACGCAGCCUGACCAAACGAAAACUACAAAUGUCACACAUUAUUGGAGCGCUAACACGUGGCAACAGAGGGCAGUACGGCAUGACAGUCACCGUCUUCGUCAUCGAUAGCUGAAAAGAACAGAAGCUAUGGCUCCGCCAGCCGGUUCUCCCGACAGCAGCAGCCCGUCAAGGGCAACGUCGCCCAAACAUGAUGGCUCUCCAAAGCGUACCGGCGCCAAGAAGCCGUCCGGAGGAUCGCCGAAACGCGCCGUGGACCAUGGCGUCAAAGCCAAGUCAGCUGGAGGCGGCUCGCCCCCGAAAGGAGGUUCGCCGAAACGUGAUUCUCCAGCGGCGGUAAAGGGGGCGGCGAAGCCCACUGGAUGGGGAUCCCCGAAACGGGCCAGUGGAGGGUCUCCCAAGCACAACGGCGCCGCCAAGAAACCGACGGCUGCGUCUCCGGCUGCGAAGAAAGGUUCCCCGUCACCGAAGCAGGGGGGCUCACCAGGGAAGGAUGUGGCGCCCAAGCCCAAAGGAGCGUCGCCGUCUCCGGACCGUGGCAGUCCCGCCAGGUCAUCGCCGGGCACGACCAAGAAGUCACCGGCGGGCACGGCCACGUCGUCACCGGCCACGGUGGGGUCUCCAGCGGUCUCCUCGCCACCCACGCACAUUCCGUUCUGGAUGCAGCCGAACGCUGCCAGCCAGCUUCCCAGCCCCGCGGAAGGGACUCCGGGAACGGCGCAAUCCAGCCGCGGGGGCUCUGUCUCCCGCAGAGUGAAGAAGCUCACUGGCAAGAUUAUGGACAUGGUCAGCUCCCACAGGUAACGACGCGCGGAAUGGAGACAUUAGA